AUGUGGCAACGCAAAACCACCCUGAUCCUCGUGCUCGUCCUCGCCGCCGUCUCGCUCCGAGCGUGCACGGGCACGACUAGCCCGACCGGCAAGCCGCUAGUGACGGUCGUGAACAUUGACCAGUCAACGAACCUCUUCACCUCGCCGCUCAACUCCGGCCGCCCACUCGUUCUCGACCUCUCCAGCGCAGCCCUCUCGACGGCGUGCAACACGCAGACGACCAAAGUGUCCAUCCCCACCACCGCUUCCUGCGCCGCACCGCCGGGCGGCGGGGUCUCAGGCGUCGCGGGGCUCGGGCCCUCGCCGCUCUCCUUCUCGUCCCAGGUCGCGAGCCUCGAGAGGCUCCCAAACAAGUUCGCGCUCUGCCUCCCCGGGGAACGACCCUUCGACACGGGCGCGGCCAUCUUCGGCGGCGGCCCGCUCUUCUCUCCGUCGGUUAUCACGAACGAUGAGAGCUUCGACUCUCCGCCGACGGAGGGGCAGGACAUUGCCAAGCUCCUCUCCCCAGAGAUCCCGCUCCGCCGCUUGCCGCACACCGGUGGCCUUGAGCGGUGCCAAGACCGCCCCGAUGGCACCGUUCGAGCUGGCGGGCAGAACUGGACCGCCAACCCCACCAAGUUCGUGUCCCGGUGGGUCGCAUGCUUCGCGUUCGUCAGGGCGAAGCAGCCGCCGAGCGCGGGGAUGCCGGCGGUGGUCAUCGGAGGGUACAACAUGGCCGGCAGGGUCGUGGUGUUCGACCAGGACAGGCAGAAUAUCAGCUUCACUCCACCGAUCAACCCCAAGAUCUACUGCGGGAACGCCAAAUUCAUGCCCUGCUGGUAA